CCUUGCCACUUCGCGGUGACGCCGGCCCAGUGUUCUCUCCUCCAAGGCUUGAACGAGAGCAUCCGAUUGGUAUCCGGAUAUCUACUUGUGCCAAAAUGUUGCGCUCGGCGACGCGCCAUGGAAGGUGGCGCCGCUGGUUUGGGUCGAUGGGUGAUCGCGGAAGGCUUUCACUAUUUAUGGACCAGCAAAGGGUACUGAAUGAACACGGCAUUGGCGCGUCGAAGAAGGUCGUGGUCGUUGAAGGGCCCCCAGGCACAGGAAAGAGCGUAUGUGCUGCCUCCUUCCUGAUCGAUGCUGGCAGUUUGUCAAUCCCAACACUGGUGUUUGCACCUCCCUCUGAAGCGACCUCUCCAUGUAUCCCCAUGCUGCGUCAUCUGCAGGACUACACACAGCUGGGACACGUGGACUCGCUCCCCCACAUGAAUGUCCAGUCGUUCGCGCAAUGGUGUCUGUGGUACAACGAUGAAUUCGCCAUAUCCCGGAAGGUCAUGAGUCACACGGAAACGGCGGCAUUCUUGUUCCAGCACAUCGACUCGAUUCCGCAUUCGUCGUUGAGGUCGUCCUACAAGUCGCCCAUAAUGCUGCAACGCGCCGUGAAGGAUCUGAUGCGACUCUUCGAGCAUCUAGAAAGCCAUGGCAUUUCCCCUGACGAGUACGCAUCUUUCGUCGCAGCUCUAUCACCCGAGGGGUACAAGAUGUCGUUGGCCGUGUUUACAGACUUUGCUGCAAAACAGACCGACUUGUCCACGGCCUACGAAGCGUAUCGAAGUCUUCUGGCGCAGCACAACGUAACUACAUGGCACGGAACUGUCUUGGAUACCCUCGUUCAUGUGCAGAACCAUCCGUUCUUCCUCCAUGCAGCAAUCAGCUCGUUCGAUCGCAUCCUCGUCGAUGAUCUCCAAACACUGACGCCGGCUAUGCUAAAGGUACUCAGUCGCAUUGUUGUCACGUUGUCGUCGCAGCAUUGCGUCGCAUUUACUCGACCAACGGACAACAUCGUCAAGCUGCAACAGUACCGACCGCCCGAGAAUCGGUCGCUCUUGAAGCAAUGACCCAAUUUGGUUGAUUGGAUAGGCUCGUUCAAGGCGCCGCUGAUGAAUCGUCGAUGCCGAGCCUUGCAUGGAAUCAUGUCCAGCUCACGGCCAACUUGUACUCGGCACCGCAGCUCAUUCAAGCAGCUGCGGCACUCACCGCGCCCUCCUGUGCCACGUCCCGGCCACUUGAUCCAGUGAUCGCAACGCAUUUGUUUGCGUCCGCUCAAGACGAAGUCGACUUUGUCGCCGAUCUCGUUGCACGCGUGGAUCUGAAGAAGAGCGUGACGGUGAUGUGUGCCGAUCGACGCGAGGUUCCACUGGUCGUGGCUGCGUUGCAGAAACGUGGGGUCGGGAAUGUUCGGUCCCUCGAAAGGCAAAAUUUGUUUGAUUUUGCAAUUGUACAAACAGCGCAUGCGCUGCUCCAAGCGGUGGCAAACCCGUUGACCGAGUCCAAGUACUUGUUCAGUCUCCUUCACACGUCGUCUCCCUGGCACGUCGUUCCGUCCAAGCUAGCCGCGGUCAUGGAACUCCAGAGGAAGCGCCACGUACCGCUCUGGGACGUGCUGGUGAAGCUGGCCGAGGGCACCACACCGCUUGCCCAAACCAUCACACUGGAUGCCGACAGCGUAGCAGCGAUAAAGUCGUUCGUGUCGGUAUUUUCCCACAUGCGGGAGCUGUCGAUGACAUUGAGCUGCCUCGAGUUGCUGCAUGCGUACUUCACCAAGACAGGGGAGCUGGAGGGCCUCAUGUCACCGACGUCGGAAGCGGAUGCUGCGGCAUCGCAGGCACUCGCUGCGUACUUUUAUACCGUCGGCGAAGCUCAGCAUUCAACCAAGUCCGUGCAUGUGCCGUUCGUAGCACCGUAUUUGCAGCUGCUGAAGGACAGCGGACGCCUCGUCCCUCCAAGCAAUCGCGAUGACUCCAUCGAGACGAGUCGAGUCACGGUGGUAUCGAUCCAGACUGCUACGAAACGUCAUAUAGCAGCGGACACAAUCGUCUUCUCGGGCAUGGCAGACAAGGCGUUUCCAGGCCGAAAACCGCGGGAACCGACUGCACUCCCGAUGGCGUUGCUAGAGUCGAUCGCUCCAACUGGUCGCGCCACGUCCCAAGCAAAGCGACAAGAAUUCAUCGAGAAAUGCAGAGAGACGCUGAGCAACCUGAUGCUGUGUGCCAAGUUGAACGUCGUUUUCACUGCGAGCGGGGGCACCCCUAGUCGGAUUUUGGCCCCGCUAUGGCAGUCGCCAACUGUACACCAUCCACCAGGUCGUCCAUCGCUUCCUCGACGCCGCGACGACACCGCGGACCAGGCGAAGGAGCUUCAACUGGAGCAUGUUUCGUUUUCGCAGCUGGACGAGUUCAUGCGAUGCCCCUAUCGCUACUACCUCGCCCGGGUCGUCAAGAUCGAUCAGCCGACUUCUCCAGGUCUGGUGUAUGGUCGAAGCCUCCAUGAAGGCAUUGCUGCGUGGAGCUCGGAUCCUUGGGUCCCCGACGCAUCCCAGAAUGCCCUGGACGCACUGAAUGCAUCGUGGGAGUCGGGGUGCUUUCGGUCAAAAGAAGAAGAAGAGAUGCUGCUGAACCAAGCCACCGACGCCCUCGCGGCAUUCAUAGCAUUCGAAACAGCGAAUCCACCUCGGAUCGACGCGGUGGAAUCACCGUUUGAUAUCAACGUGCCUGAGGCAAACAUCCGUCUCAAAGGCAACUCGUUCUCUUUGCCUCGUCCUUCGUUGGACGUCAUUUUUGCUGUAGGGGUUUGGGAUCGCAUCGACGUUCGGGCGGAUGGCACGUACGUCGUCGAAUUCAAGUCCAACAUGAGCAACGGACCCCGCAACAACCAAGCGCUUGCCGAAUCCAGCCUGCAACUUCAGCUGUACAUGCUAGCGUAUGCGCAUGUUCAUGGUGUGCCGCCGAGAGGAGGUGUGCUCCGGUCCAUCGAAAGUCCUCACGGACUAAACGAUGAAGGAGUCGUUCAGUACGAUGCGAAAGCCGACGACCAUAUCCUUCGAGGUAUAGCGGACACCGUGCAGAGGAUUCGACGGCGUGAGUUUGAUGCCUUGCCAUCUUUCAUGGGGUGUGCCUUCUGCGCCUUUGCCGACGUCUGCCCGUCCAAAUAUCGCUGAAAUCAAAAUCAAUAGACGGUGACAUCCGGAUACCUGUUCGGAUACUGUGUUUUGGAAUAAACUUCAGUUCGGGA